AUGACUGCAGUCCUGGUCGUUGGCGGCCUGGCAGACUACCUGAUCGGCCUGUAUGAAGGAAAAGCGGACGAGAGUAUUCUGGACCUAUAUGCCAACAUUCGUCGGGAAAAAUUCCAAAAAUACGUCGAGGCGAGGUCGAUCAAGAACAUGAAUAGGAUCAUGAACUCCGAUCCUGAAACGGUGCUGAAAACGGACAAGUCCCUGGGGAUUCUCCAAGACCUGGAAGACGGUAGUGAAUCCACCAAGGCUUUUCUUCUGUCUGAGGCGGUGGACACGGCGAGCAACAAUUGUCACCAAUGCGGAGUCCCUCAUCAACCUUCACCGAUGUACUCCUCAACCUCGACGGCCGUCUUUCUCUCUCUCCUCGCAAUCUCCCAUGCCUUCAUCCCAGUCGACAUUCAACCAAUACCUGCCGACUUCGACACCAAUGUCUGGUCCCCUCUGACAACUCUCGCGCCCAUCACCCCGUCGCCGACGCCUUCUCCGACUGCAGACGUCAACAUUCUCCCCGUUCUUGAUGCCAACAUCAUUCCUGAUCUGAAACGUCAAGUGACCGGCCAGGGUGCUGCCGCGGCAGCUACAGAAAUCUCCCAAAUCUCUCCUAUCACCACGUAUAUGGUAAAUGAAUACCAGGACGGAACUCCAGUGCAAGUACCUGUCGUCUACACGCAAACGUUCGCUCCAGUCCCGGAUCAAUGGCCGAGCGCCACUGCAGGGGAGAUCGGGCUCGGGACGAUCCAGGGAACGAUUGGUGUGGUCAAGACCAAAAGGAGUCUGCCCACACAGGCGCCUUUGGGAGAUGGUGUCGCAAAUUCAGGUUAUAUGGUGAAUGAGGAGACCGAGAAGGCCAAGCCAACCGUACCGCUGAUGGACAAACUCCGAAAAGUUGCCCAAGAUAUCGAAUCAGAAAUCACAACCUUGCUGGAUAAAGUGAAGAGGCCCGCCGCCGAAGAUGAGGAAGAGUCCUCUGUCCCUCUGGCAAAGGAAGUCAAAUUGCCCGCCACCUCCGAAGAGGAGGAUAACCAAAUGCUCCCCCUGGAGAGAGAAGAGAAGAAACCCAGCACACACUCUCAUGAGCAAUCCAAAAUUGUCGCCAACAGUGCCUGCAUCGUGAAAGCUGGGACGCUCCCCGUACUCGCCAUCACGAUUGGGUGUAUGUGCUUUAGUUACCUAUGA